AAAACAGGAAGGACUCUGUUCUGUCAGGCUGGAGGAGCGCCGCUCUGAAACUUCCUUGUACUGCACACAACUCUGCCGGCAGAGAGGAACUUUUCUGUCUUGAACUUUUCCAUUUAAGUUUCUCUGCCUUUUGAUUCUCUCUCUGCGCUGCGGGCAAUGUGACGGAAGAAAGGAGAGAUCCGACAACCGAGGAGGAGGCGACAGAGAUGACAGUUGUCAGGACGGACACCUGCACCGACAGCACCCAAUAUAUCUGAGAGGCCUGAGGUGAACGUGGAGUGUGUGAUUAAUAUGGCGCGGCAGAAAAGCUCCGAUUACUGGGUUCUCCCGGAGUAUGAGAAGAGCCAGAUAAAGAGGACUCUUGAACUGGGCACGGUAAUGACUGUAUUUAACUACAAGAAGUCUCAGCCUGAGCGAAGGACCAUCCAGGUCAUAAUGGAAACCUUCCAGGUGGCCUGGAGCAAGACUGCUGAUAAACUUGAAGGAUUCUUGGACCUUUGUGAAAUUAAGGAAAUCCGUCUGGGAAAAAACUGCAAGGAUUUCGAGCGUGGAAAAGCCUCCCGACUGAAGGAAGAUUGCUGCUUCACUAUCUUCUAUGGAAGCCAGUUUGUCCUUAACACGUUAAGUCUGGAAGCGGACUCUGUGGAUGAUGCUGAGAGGUGGCAACGUGGGUUGAACAUUUUACUUGAAGAAGUGAACCAGGCAUCCACCCCAACCAUCAUAGAAAGCUGGCUGAGGAAGCAGAUCUACUCCAUGGAUCAGACCAGAAGGAACAGUAUUAGCGUUCGAGAGCUGAAGACCAUACUCCCUCAGAUAAACUACAAAGUCGGAAGUGCAAAAUUCCUGAAAGACAAGCUGGUGGACAUUGGGAUCCCUAGAGAUGACCUCAGUUUUGAGCAUGUCCAUAUGUUCUACAAAAGACUGAUGUUCGACCAUCAGCGAUCUAUUCUGGAUGAAUUCAGGAAAGAUACUUCAGUAUUUAUUUUGGGAAACGUGGAUCGAGCUGAUGCCUCCGCUGUUUAUUUGCACGACUUUCAGAGGUUUUUACAACAUGAGCAACAGGAAUCCUCGGCCCAGGAUAUUAAUAAGGUUCGUGAACGCAUGACGAAGUUUAUUGACGACACUAUGAGGGAGACGGCGGAGCCCUUUCUGUUCGUGGACGAGUUUCUGACCUACUUAUUUUCCAAAGAAAACAGCAUCUGGGAUGAGAAGUAUGAUGAGAUUACUGUGCAGAACAUGAAUAAUCCGCUGUCACAUUACUGGAUUGCUUCCUCACAUAACACGUAUUUAACAGGAGACCAGCUGCGCAGCGAGUCGUCCACAGAAGCCUAUGUGCGGUGUCUGCGGAUGGGGUGCCGAUGUGUGGAGUUGGACUGCUGGGACGGCCCUGAUGGAAAGCCAAUUAUUUAUCACGGAUGGACAAGAACAACGAAAAUUAAAUUUGACGACGUGGUGCAAGCUAUUAAGGACCAUGCAUUUGUCACCUCUGAAUACCCGGUCAUUCUCUCCAUUGAAGAGCAUUGCACGGUGGAGCAGCAGAGGUAUAUGGCCAAAGUGUUUAAAGAAGUGUUCGGUGACAUGCUGUUGACCAAACCCACCGAAGCAAGUGCGGACCAGCUACCAUCUCCUACUCAGCUAAAGGAGAAAAUCAUUAUCAAGCAUAAAAAAUUGGGACCCAAAGGCGAUUACGUCACCAAUGCAGACGACCAUAAGGAGGAAACAAAGCUCCAGGGAGAACUGUACAUGUGGGACGCAAUAGAUCAGAAAUGGUCCGUGCGUUACUGCGCCAUCGCCGGUGAUAAACUGUCCUAUGGUGAUGAGAUUGAGCAGAAUUCAGAGGACCCUACACCUAAGUCAAUGAAAGAUCAACACUUGCAAGAAAAAUGGUUCCAGUUGACUGAAGGCCGAAAUAUGGCGGAGCGCCUUCUGCAGGAGUACUGUGCUGAGAUGGGGGGCAAAGACGGAACCUUCUUAGUGAGAGCGAGUGGAACCUUCCCGGAUGAGUGCACGCUCUCUUUCUGGAGAUCGGGCAGAGUGCAGCACUGUCGAAUCUACUCCUGCUCGGACGGAGAGUACGUCAAGUAUUACCUGACCGACAACCUAACAUUCAAUAGCAUUUAUGAACUGAUACAACACUACAAGAAGUUCUCUCUGCGGUGUCCCGACUUCGAGCUGAGGUUAACAGACGGCGUUCCCAACCCCAAUCCACACUUAUCUGAGGACUGGUACUACGAUAACCUUAGUCGAGGAGAAGCAGAGGAAAUGCUGAUGAGAAUUCCUCGGGAUGGUGCUUUUCUGAUACGGAGGAGAGAAAAUCUGACCUCUUACGCUAUUACUUUCAGGGCAGAGGGAAAAAUUAAGCACUGCAGAAUCACAAAAGAUGGCCGCCUGUUUGUUCUUGGGACUUCAGCCUAUUUUGAGAAUUUGGUGGAACUGGUUAAUUAUUAUGAGAAGCAUGCAUUGUACCGAAAAAUUAAGCUACGCUACCCGGUGACGGAGGAGCUGCUGAGCAGACUGAACGCCGAAAAGGACUUGAGCUCCAUUUACGGAGUUAAUACAGUGUACGUGGAUCCCAAUGAAAUCUCCCCAGCCAUGCCACAAGGGACGGUCCGAGCGCUAUACAACUAUACGGCCACGAGACCUGACGAGCUGAGUUUCUGCACCGGCGCCCUGAUUCACAACGUGGCUAAAGUCUCUGACGGAUGGUGGACGGGGGACUACGGAGAUAAGCUGCAGCACUUCUUCCCCUCAAACUAUGUAGAGGACAUAUCAAUGAAUGAUGACAGCGUUAUCAACCGGAUUAUUGAAGACAGUCCCUUGGGGGCAAUGUGUAGAGGUAUCCUAGACCUUGGGACAUAUGAAAUCAAAAAAUUGGUGCAAGGCAAACACAACAAACUGUUUGUCUUUUCACUGGAACCCAAGGACCAGAAGGAUCCCUCAGUAGAUUUUGCAGCUGAGAAAGUGGAAGAGCUGUUCGAAUGGUACAAAAAUAUCCAUACUAUAAUACACCGGAAAGGGGCAGAGGAUUACUUCAUCAAGACCUGUGAGAAGAAUCAGGCUAUUGCAAAAGAGAUGUCGGACAUGGUCAUUUACUGCAAACCAAGGAGUGAGGCCAAGGACAACUUAGAGAGACCUGAUUUCCGAGAAAUCCGGUCGUUUGUUGAGAAUAAAGCAGAAAGCAUCUCAAGACAGAAACCCCUCGAGCUUCUGAGAUAUAACCGCAGAGCUUUAACUCGGGUCUACCCAAAAGGACCGCGAGUAGACUCCUCUAACUAUGACCCUCUGCACCUGUGGUUAUGUGGAUCCCAGAUGGUUGCUCUGAACUACCAGACACCAGAUCGUUACAUGCAGAUAAAUGAUGCCAUGUUCUCCCACAAUGGCCGAUGUGGAUAUAUUUUACAACCAGAGUGUAUGAGACAAGACUCCUUUGACCCGAGUGCUUCAACGAGACGGGGACAAAUGGUUUUGACCAUUAAGGUGAUCGGAGCUCGUCACCUGCCGAAGCCAGGACGUGGUAUUGCCUGUCCAUUUGUAGAGAUAGAGAUAUGUGGCGGAGAAUAUGACAACAACAAGUUCCGAACCAGUGUUGUCAAUGACAAUGGCUUAAACCCCGUGUGGACCGCUAUUCAGCAGCAGGCCUUGUUUGAGAUCCAUGAACCAGACCUGGCGUUUCUGAGGUUUGUGGUAUACGAAGAAGACAUGUUCAGUGACCCGAACUUCUUGGCGCAAAGUACAUUUCCUUUAAAGGGUCUGAAAACAGGUUACAGAUCGGUGCCACUCAAAAAUGGCUAUGGUGAAAAUAUAGAACUGGCUUCCCUCCUGGUCUACUGCCAUAUACAAAAAUACCUGGGACUAGGAGAAGAGCUGUAUUCAACAUCCGCUAUGAUGGGCCAUAAUAAUGAACUGGCAUUAUACGACACGCACAAGGCCGUAAGGGGGAUACCUGGCAGAGAACCCAAUAGGCAACAUGUGCUGGAAGGCAGUGGAGCUGCAGUCCCAGAUCCUGGUAAACGGUUAGGAACGAAACAGAUCAGUAACAGCAAAUUUUACAUUGGUCUACAAUAAGUGGACAAGUUCCACCGAGUUUGAAGAAAGUCGAGAAGGGAGGUCUUCAAAGGAAGCCUCUGUGGAUAACGCACUGUAACUAGACUUGGUGCCACCAUGUUUAUGGUUCCCAAAGACGAUGACCACAAACUUACUGUAGCACGACCGGCGCCAUCCUCAGGAAUGUUGUCAUAUUACUAAAUAUCAGGGUGAAAAACAGUUCUAAGCCGAACAUGAAGAAAUGUCUCAGGUUACGUUAGAUGAUUGACAUGAAUGUGGUCCUGCCCCCGAUGGGCUUCGUGCUUUGCUUUGAAUUACAGCCAUGUCAGGACACUGCUCCCCAACAUCACCCAUCGUGUAGACCUCAUUUUCUGCGUGUACUAACUACUGGCCUGGGGGUGCUCAAGAAACACAACCUGGACACAAGCUGAAGAAAGGACUGGCCGGCUCUGAAAUAGUCUUUAUCGUAUUUAAUGAAGGGAAUGAAUCUUUGCUGUACGUGUAAAUGGAGUUCGAUUACCCAGCGGAUCCAUUGAUCGAUUACUCUAUUGAGUUUAAAGGGGUUCUCUGGGUGUUUAAUAUUGGUAAUCUAUCCUCUGGAUAGGUCAUCAAUAUCAGAUCAGCGGGGGUCCGACACCUCCACCGAUCAGCUGUUUGAGGAGGCCUC